AUUUAGCAUGUAAAUUAGAAUUUUACCAUUUCGUUCUCUUUAACGUAACCUAAUUUAAAUAUUGUAAGAGGAGAAAUUAAAAUAGACAUGAUGAUAUCUAUUAAAAAUUCUUUCAUUUCACUUACUAACACAUUAUGAGCAAGCAUUUGCAUCAAAGUGAACGUUACCGUGGCGUCAACGUUUCCCACCCACAUAAUUACGUUGCACGUAACUUAGGAAUUUUCAAUUUUUUUGUAGAGACCCGAGAAUGCAAAAUGUCGACCAUGUUAUUUAAAAUAGUGUAUGAAAGGAGCAGUUUUUCUUAUAAAAUGAUCACCGCGAGCUUAAAUGGACAAGUAUGCAAUUAUGAUUGCCGUAGUAGUCAGGUGCGUGGCGCGAAUUAUUGCCAUGCAACAAACUUUUUCUGCGUUAUGGAUAACGCAAAAAGAGAAUUGUUGUGAUUCAAAAAUGCAAUCACGCGAAGUAAUAGGUAUGUAUCGUGAUCGAAGUCACCUGUAUUUUACGUAAUACGCUUUUUAUUAUUUACUUUAUUAAACCUGUUUUACACUAUCUCUAUUUGCUUCCCUUUUUCUUAUUAAAUCUCUAUUAAAAACUUGAUCCACAUCUGUGUGUAGUAUAUGUUCAAAUUUUAUCUAUUCUAAAAAAUUUUUGUUUAUUUAUAUUACUUAAACUUUAUUUCUUCUUUUAUUACAUUUUUAAUAGAUCUAUUUUUAUUGUAAUCUAUUUUAAUUUUAUCAGUGAUUUUCUUUUGUUACAUUGCGAGUUUCCUUUUUUCUCUCAACAUUGAUAAAGUAAACUCUAGAAUACCGUAUGCCAUUCAUAUUAUUAAAUAAUGUAAUCUAAUCUUUUUAUAUUAUCUUAAUCUCGGCUAAUUAUUAACGUUUUACACUUUCGGACCAGUUGGUAGUUAAUGCGGCAUAUCGUCAUUUUGAGCAAGCGGCUGUUAAUGAUCACCGACCAACCUAGUAUAAUGUAAUAAUCGCUCGAGUGUAGACUUCGCCACUGAUAGAAAUUUGCAAUUAUUACUCGGUACAUGCGUGUACCAUCAUAUCGAAAGAGUACGAUGGUAUCGUACAAAAAACUGGAGAUCUAUCAUCAAUGGUCGAAAGACAUCGGGUGUCGUUCAUUUCUCGCAGGCGCGUUAUGCGUGGGUGUUAUCGCGGAUGGACAAAUAGGAAAAUUGAUGUUCGAGUCGCCGUUAUUUCUGUUGGUUCGACAAAGAAGCACGAGCACCACUGGGAAAAUGUGAACGUAUGGACAGUCGACGUUGUCCAUACGUUCGGUAUUCAGUGUCGUCAGUUCGAUCCGCUCAGUGGGCCAUUCAGCAUGAACAACGAGCGCAAGGAUGAAGGAUCCGUUUACUCGGUCGGAAACCAAAAUCACUUGGUAUCGAUAAGAUCCAAGCAAACGUACUUCAAGAAACGAUCUCAAGUCUCCAACCUGUUGGUGAUAAUUCUGUGUCUCCUGGUGUGUGUCUUGUUUAUAACAGUCCUGGUACUCGCAAUACUUUAUGCGCAUAGCGGCAUGAUGAAGAUAUGUGAUAGCGAGGAUUGCGUGCGAAUAGCGGCUAGUUUGAAGAAAUCUAUGAACACCUCUGUAGAUCCUUGCGAUGAUUUUUAUCAAUAUGCGUGCGGCAGAUGGCCGCAGGAGCAUCCCAUUCCGGAUUCCAGCCUGACGAAUUCCUGGUUCAGUGAGCGUAGCGAUCGCAUGUUCAAAAAGAUCAAGGAUCUGCUAAAAGUCGACAUGUCCACCGAUGAGGUGCCGUGGGCGGUAAUGCAAGCCAAGACACUGUUUACCAGCUGCAUGGACAUGCGUACGAUAAAUGAGCUCGAUUUGUUUCCAUUGUUCGAUCUGUUGGAGUUACUGAAUUUACCUUUAAUACCCGCGGCUUUCACUAAUGAAACGACUAAUUAUGUCGAGCAAAUGGCUAGGGUGAAGAGAAUUCUGGGGCUUGACAUUUUUUUCGGCUUCAGAAUCAUGUCUGAUCCGAGAAACCACAGCAAUAACUUAAUUUAUUUCGACACUCCGGAUCACUCUAAUCCUUUUCCUAGUUUUAAUUUUAAACUUUUAUUUUUUUUUUUUCGAUUGCGAAAACUGGAAGAUAAUGAAUUUUUAUUCAGCGAUAACGAGAAUGCCGAAUUCGUUUACAUGACGGAUGUUAUCAAGCAAGUUAUCAGUAAUGGCACUGUUAACGCUUGCACUUCGAAAGAUGAAUUAAAUAUGUCAGUGGAAAAAUUACAGGAAUUUGUCGGAACGCUUUAUAGAAUUAGCAACUCGAUUUAUUACAUAGUUCAUGCAAAUUCAAAUUACACCAUUUCCGAAGAGAAUUUGAGCGACAAAGAUUACAUGUUGGUGGACGAUCUCCAAAAAUUGACGGAUGAAUAUAUCAUGGAGGUAAAUUCAUCUCUUGUACCUAAACCGAUUUGGCGAUCUUUUGUUGAGUCAAUUUUCGAGGGAAUCGUCACGUUGGACCUCGAUAAAAAAGAUAAAGUUCUUGUCGGCAAUCUGGAUUAUUUGAAAGACGCAGCAUUAAUUCUCGCUGUUUUUGAGGAAGAAGAUCUAGAAAGUUACGUUUGGUGGGCCGUCGUAGAUAUCGUAGUGCCUCACUCUUCCGAGAAGCUUAGAGACAUUUGGGUGACGUAUGUAAAUAAAGUAAUGCAAGUGGAGGUUAGCGAAUCCAAAUCUUUGCACUGCGCGUCAACUGUCAAUGGAUUAAUGGGAAUGGCGGUCUCGUGGUUGUUCGUAGAUCCGACAUUCCACAGUAAUAAUGCUCAUAAAGUGAUGGAGAUGUUGGAGGACAUAAGAAAAGCAUUUGCUUCGCUUGUCAUUAAAAUGGACUGGAUGGAUAAAUCGACGAAAAUAGCAACGCUUGAAAAGAACCGAAAGAUGAGUUCCGCAAUCGGAUUUCCCGAAUGGCUCUUUGAUGAAAAGAAGCUCGACGAAUAUUACGAAGGCAUAGAUUUGUCCAAGACGAAGUAUCUGGAUAACAUGAUACAGAUCAUUCGAUUACAAUGGAACACUACGUGGGCGAGCUUGCAUCAUUAUAAUUUGAACAACGAAUCAUACUGGGCGACCGAUCCUACUGAUGUAAAUGCGUACCAUACCUUUCAAAUUAAUCAUAUAACUAUACCUAUCGGAAUUCUGCAAUUCCCAUUCUAUGAAUUGGGUCUCGAAGCUUUGAAUUAUGGCGCCAUCGGUUCUGUACUUGGACAUGAAUUAACUCAUGGAUUCGACGAUAGCGGCCGAUAUUACGACAGCGACGGAAAUCUUCGGGAAUGGUGGACCAACGAGACCAUCUCGGAGUACACUACAAGGACCCAAUGCUUCAUAGAUCACUACAAUACUUAUUACGAGAAUGAGAUCGAUGAUUAUAUCGACGGUGAGCUGACCUUGGGCGAGAACAUUGCUGAUAAUGGAGGUUUUCGCGAGGCUUUCGUAGCUUAUGGAAUAUGGAAGGCCCGGCACGGUCAAGAGCCCUUACUUCCGGGAUUUACACAGCUCACGCACGAGCAGUUAUUGUUUCUCGCCUUUGCACAUUUGUGGUGCGAAUCUUACUCUGCUGCAUCACUAAAGUGGAUGCUGGAGGACUCUCACAGCCCCGCCCACGUAAGGCUUCAAGCGGUAUUGAAAAAUUCUAAAGAAUUUAGCGCUGCGUGGAAGUGUCCCGUAGGAUCGAAUAUGAAUCCGUCGAAGAAGUGUCAUCUGUGGUAGCGACUACAGCUUUGACACACGGACAAAAGAUAGCCUUGGUGCUUUGCUAUUUGAUUAUCGUUGAUCAAUCAAAUAUUUAUCAUUCAAAAAUACGAAGUAAAGCUCACGUGCGAAAUACAUGCGUCAGAAAGAGAAAAAAAAAA